GACGAGUAAAAGAGGGAGGGCUUUUAUGUUUUAUUAUGUAAGGAACGCAUUGAAAGUAUUUCUAAAAUGGCAGCAGAUGGUAUUGGGGAUCCAACUCUAUCCAAGCAGUCAAAUGCCAGCAACCCUUCAACUAUAAGAGGUCAAGAAGAAAGUUUGGAAAAUGAAUCCAGUAAAGAAAAUGUGGAAGUGCCAUCAUCAUCAUCAUUUUCAUUGUCUACAACAGAGGCUUCUAAAAAGUCUCAAUCUUUACUGCAUAUUAAUAGAUAUCAGAUCCAGACUGUGGAGCAAAGUGCUCAGGCUGCAGAAUUGCAGGGUCUCGGAGUGGAUGUUUAUGACCAGGAUAUUCUAGAACAAGGGGUUCUCCUGCAGGUGGACAGAGCCAUUAAUGAAGCAACUGAAGCUGCAAAAAAAGCUGAAGCCGAGAAGGAGUAUCAAGCAGUGCUGGAUGACUUAAGGUCCUCUACUGCCUCUUUAAAUCAAGUGAAUAGGAUUAUUCAAACAUUAGCUCCUCAUGCUGCCAACAGUAAAGACAUCAGCAGGAAACUUGAAUCUGUAAAACGACAGAAAGAAAACAAGGAAAAACAAAUUAAAAAGCUAAAGGCCAAACAGAGAAGAAUACAGGCAAUAAUUGGUGGAGAAGACAUUCAGAAAAUUGAAGCUGAACUGAAUGAUGAAGACGAUGAAGAACCUGGUCCUUCUACGCUUGGCAGUAUGCUUAUGCCUGCCCAGGAGUCUGAAUGGGAGGAACUUAUUCGUACAGGGCAAAUGACACCUUUUGGCACGAAAAUACCAGCUAAACAGGAAAGGAAAGAACCCCGAAAGGUGAUGCUCAAUGAGGCAUCCGGAUUUGAAAAAUAUUUAGCAGAUCAAGCAAUGAUGGCUAUUGAAAGAAAGAAAAAAGUUAUUCACAAGAAAAUCAAGCCUUAUGCUUGUUCUAAAACUGAACAGAGAGAGGAGAUAAUUCAGGGGAAAAAUAAAAGUAAACAAGGUGGGAAGACUUCAAGUAGAGAUAAACAACUCAAGAAGCACAUGAAGAAGUUACAGAAGAAUGCAUUAAAAACUAAAUUUAACAUGGGAAUUAAAAAAGAUCAGCAGUGGAACAAGCCAAAAAAGAAGUUCAGAGAUAAUGAAUCUGGGAGUGAAGAAUCUGAGUUUGUACCAAGUGAUGAAAUAAUAGACCCAGAGGAUACAGAUAAAGAUGAUGAGUUUUUGGUUGAUGAAUCAGAAUACAAGCUUAAGCCAUAUGAGAAAAAGAAGAACAGAAAGAUCAAAAAAUUGAAUGAAGUGGAUGAUGACUUUUUUCCAUCUAGUUCUGAAGACGAACAAGAAGGGAGUAAAAAAGGUCGUAUGAAGAGAUGUACAGAUGAUGGAAAUGAAGAUUUUUAUAAACAUCGACUUCGAAAGUGGAAGAAGCAAAGGCUAAAAGAAGCACAACGACAUCAUGAAGGAGGAGAUGACUCUGAAGACAGUGAUGCCGAGUUUGAUGAGGGAUUCAAAGUUCCCGGUUUCCUCUGGAAAAAACUUUAUAAGUACCAACAGACAGGUGUGAGGUGGCUGUGGGAAUUACACUGCCAGCAGGCUGGGGGAAUUCUGGGAGAUGAAAUGGGAUUGGGCAAAACCAUUCAGAUAAUUGCAUUUUUGGCAGGACUGAGCUACAGCAAGAUCAGAACACGUGGCUCAAGUUACAGAUAUGCUGGCUUAGGACCUUGUGUCAUUGUUUGUCCAGCCACUGUAAUGCAUCAGUGGGUGAGAGAGUUUCAUACAUGGUGGCCACCAUUUAGAGUUGCAGUUCUUCAUGAAACAGGCUCUUUUACCAGCAAAAAGGACAAACUUAUUCCUGAAAUUGUUGCUUGCCAUGGAAUAUUAAUCACCUCUUACUCAUAUGUUCGAAUAAUGCAAGAGACAAUGCAAAAAUACAACUGGCAUUAUGUGAUUCUAGAUGAGGGACACAAAAUACGCAAUCCAUAUGCUGGAAUCACAGUAGCAUGCAAGCAGUUCAGUACUCCACAUCGUAUAAUUCUGUCUGGUUCUCCAAUGCAGAACAAUUUAAAAGAACUGUGGUCACUUUUUGAUUUCACUUUUCCUGGAAAGCUAGGAACUUUACCAGUAUUUAUGGAACAGUUUUCUGUACCUAUUACUAUGGGAGGCUAUGCAAAUGCAUCACCUGUUCAGGUACAGACUGCAUAUAAAUGUGCUUGUGUUUUAAGAGAUACAAUAAACCCGUACCUUCUUAGAAGAAUGAAAGCAGAUGUAAAGACUAAUCUUUCCUUACCAGACAAAAAUGAACAGGUUUUGUUUUGUAGAUUAACAGAGUGUCAGCGUGAGAUUUACCAGAGUUUCAUAGAUUCAAAAGAGGUCUAUCAAAUCCUUAACGGAGAAAUGCAGAUUUUUGCUGGCCUUAUCUCCCUAAGGAAAAUUUGCAAUCACCCAGACCUAUUUUCUGGUGGACCCAAAAUUUUGAAAGGCAUACCAGAUGAUGAGCUGAAAGAGGAUGAGCAAUUUGGUUAUUGGAAAAGAUCAGGAAAAAUGAUUGUGGUGGAGUCUUUACUUCGUCUGUGGCACAAGCAGGGCCACAGAGUGUUAUUAUUUUCGCAGUCAAGACAGAUGCUGGACAUCCUGGAGAUUUUCAUAAGAGAGCAGAGUUACACCUACCUGAAAAUGGAUGGAACGACUACUGUAGCUUCAAGACAGCCUCUCAUUGCACAAUAUAAUGAGAACUUGUCAAUUUUUGUCUUCCUGCUUACAACUAGAGUGGGUGGCUUAGGUGUUAACUUAACUGGUGCUAAUCGAGUUAUAAUUUAUGAUCCUGACUGGAACCCUAGUACUGACACACAGGCUCGUGAAAGGGCUUGGAGAAUAGGCCAGACAAAACAAGUGACUGUUUACCGGCUACUAACAGCAGGAACAAUUGAAGAAAAGAUCUACCACAGGCAAAUUUUCAAACAGUUUCUCACAAAUCGAGUGCUUAAGGACCCUAAACAACGGCGUUUUUUCAAAUCAAAUGAUGUUUAUGAACUUUUCACAUUAAGCAGCCCUGAUGGCCCCCAGGGUACUGAAACCAGUGCCAUCUUUGCAGGAACUGGCUCAGACGUUCAAAUACCAAGGAAACAUCACAAAAGCAAAAAAGGAGAAGUGUCAGCCACAGUUCAUAACAACCUCAAGCAAGAUAUGAUCACCAACAAAAGCAGUGGUCCUUUACAUAACAUUAACCAACAAUCAACUGGAAAACAAGAACUUUAUGCUGACAACAUCCAGAAAGAUGAAGUUAAUGACACUUCUGUAAAUACAGCCACGCCGUUGAAGAUGAGCAACCAUUUGAAAUGUGAAACAAAUAAUGCUGUACAGAGUACCACAGAGCUGCUAAUUAAUGUAGAACAAACAAGCCCCCAGAAACAUAAAGACAAACAAAAACAUUGUGCCUUUAAAGAAAAAAACCUGCAGUCAUAUGAUUCACACAAGCACAAACAUAAAAAGAAACAAAAGCAUUCCGAAGAUGCAAAGUUUGAAGGUCACCGCAUCCCUCACUUGGUAAAGAAGAAGAAGUACCACAAACGAAAUAAUAGUGAUGAUGAAGAUCAGAAGAAAAGUGAUGAUUAUGUAUUGGAGAAACUCUUUAAAAAAUCAGGUAUCCACAGUGUUAUGAAGCAUGAUUCAAUAAUGGAGGCAUCAAAUCCUGACUAUGUUUUAGUUGAAGCAGAAGCCAACAGAGUUGCCAAAGAUGCUUUAAAUGCUUUAAAAAUAUCCAGACAAAACUGUCGAAGAAUGGCCUUCAGGAAUAGACCGUUUACUGGAAAUCAUCGGUCCUCGCCCGGUGUGACCACUCAUUUAAAAAAACGGUUUGGUCAGAAGAAAAAUCCAUUGUUUGCAGUGAAGCCUUCGGAGACCAAGCCAGCAACACAAAAAUGCAAGGAUGCACCAUUAAUUGCAAAAUUGGAUCUAAAGGAAAAAACAUUGGGUCACUUUAGUGGAGAAGGAAUUGAGAAAGAUUCUGUUGUCAAUGCUCUGUCUUCAGCUUCAUUACUAGAGAAAAUGCGAGCUAGGAACCACUUAACCCUGUCCCAGGUGAUAGAAAAUGAGGACAGUGAGGAGGAGUCCAAUGCACAAUAUGCUUCACCGGUACCCCUUACGCCUACAGAACAUGAUGAAUUGUUGGUAGAUUUGAGAAACUUUAUUGCUUUCCAGUCUGCAACUGAAGGGCAAGCUUCAACAGAAGAGCUUUUACAGGAGUUCAGUGCAAAACUCUCUGCUGCCCAGACAGUAGUUUUUAGAGAACUUUUAAGAAACUUGUGUACAUUUCAGAGGAAUGCUAACAACCUAGGAGUCUGGAAGUUAAAGCCAGAAUUCAGGUGACUUAAAAAUAUUUUUUCAUGUUUCAUAAUUAACAGAACUCUUUUACAAAGCACUUUCUUGCAGUUAAUCUGGUGACUUCUAAGUGAUCAUUCUUUUUCUUGAAUAUAAGAAAUGAAUUACAUCUACCUCAGUAUGAGUGGUCCACGUAUGGCACUAUAAGGUAUCAGUACGUUUUACAAAUUAAAUUUUUAUGUUUUCAAAUCUGGUA